CACGUGAACGUGGAGUGGAUCAUCCUAGAGUAGAUCUCGAGUUAAAAGCAUCUCAAACUCUAAGGUUCGCAUCCUUGUCCUUCUUCGCACUCGAUCACCUUCGUUUUUACUUUCAGUUUCCUCCAGUGACUCAAAAUCUAACUACUGAAUAAGCCAAAGCAAUGGAAGACCAGGGUUUUUUGGAAAAACACUACAGCGUUUUCGUCAGUAGAGUAAAGUCUGUGAUGCCUAUCGCUGAUAAGCUGUUUAAAGAACAAAUUAUUUGCGAGGAGGAGUACUUACAGAUCAAAGCAAAGAAUACAAGUCAUGAUCAAAUGCGAAUUAUUUUGUGUCGUGUGAUGCAAAAUGCACUUAUGGCAAAGUCAUGCCUUGUCAAAGUACUGAAAGAGGAGGAGCCUUUACUUUGUCAAGAGCUUGAAGAAUCUUCCUCACAGACCUCUCCUGGAGUUCUGCAAUCUCAAGAAGCAGAUCCUAUCAGGUGGAACCGCUACUCUAUUAAGCACAGAAGUAAAAUAGAGGAGUUACUGAAAGACGGCUCAAGACAAUGGAUUGGCAGCAUCUUAAUUUCUAAAAAUGACAAAUACCUAAUUGUCCCAAAACUCAGAGGAAAACAAAUCUAUCUUGGUCUGAAAAGAGAUGGUACUGAAGUAGCCAUCAAACGAAUUAUAAAGAACAACGAAAACUUUGAAAAUGAAGUGAAGGUUUUACAAGAUUUAAAUCUUGAGAGCAAGAACAUAGUCAGAUAUGUAGACUUUGAACAGGAUGAGGAUUUUUAUUAUCUUGCGCUACAGCUUUGUGAAUAUGAUUUAGAGGGCUACAUGGAUGAGCUCCGUAAAGAAGAAACUGAAAACAAAGUUACUGCUUUGAAGAAAGUAGUGAAGGAGGUGCUUCUCGGCCUUCAGGUUCUUCACCGUGCUAAAGUGAUACAUCGUGAUAUAAAGCCUCAAAAUAUUUUGAUAGAUUCAGAAAAAAAUGCAAGACUGGCUGACUUUGGUAUAAGCCGGAGACUGGAGGAUGAUAAAAGUACAGUGUACACUGCGAGAGCUGGGACCAAAUGUUGGGAGGCAGUGGAGACCCUUGAUCAGACUGAAAAAACUGGAUACAAAAGAAGCUCAGAUGUCCAGGUUGCUGGCAUGUUACUGUACUAUAUCCUCUCUGAUGGGAAACAUCCUUUUGAAGGAAAUAACCUUUGGGAGCAAGAGGCUAAAAUUAGAGAAGGGAAUUACUCUCUUGAUAAAGUUGAUGAUGUUGUGGCAAAAGAUCUCAUCGAGAGAAUGAUCAACAAAGUCCCGGAAAAGAGACCGACCAUUCAUGAAGCCCUAAAUCACCCUUAUUUCUGGGAUGAUGUCAGGAAAAAAACUGUUCUAAGCAACCUGGGUGAGAGAAAAGAAGUUCAAUAUUAUGAGGAUUUAGGAAAACUUUACAGUAUCUUAAAUAACGGAAGUGAGAAUGGUGACGGAAAAGACCCAACAGCAGAACAGAUCACUGAGGCUUGUAAUAAAAUCCCAGCUGAAAGGAGGGAAGACAUCCUUAAACUGAUGGGUGAGGAUUUAACUAAACUUCCAAAUCUCUGCGACACUGCAAAGAAGUACACUAACGAUAAAACCUUUUCUCGCUGGAAAACAGAUCUUUCAGAGAUAUGGAAUGACAUUAGCACAAAGCUCCCGGAGGACUUGAUUGGCCUCCUACGCGCUCUGUGCAACAAAAUGAAGCAUGCACAAGAUGAAUUUUAUGGGAGGAACAUGCUCAAUCAUUUUCCAGAUUUCUUCAUAAGUUUGUAUGGGCUGGCGAAAGACCUGAGCUGGAAAAUCGAUGAUGCAGAAGAGAAACCAUGAACAAACACAUUUUUUUACUAUAUCUGUUUUUGUUUUUGUCAUUACAUUUUUUUCAAAGGAUCUUAGCAAUUGUUCACCCUUGAUAUCGUGUUGCCUUGUGUUUCCCCUGUCUUGUCUUGUGCUCUUAUUUUGAAUUUUUUUAUGUUCUGUUGAUGUCAUGUUUUCUCUGCUGUUCUAUUCUCUCGUUUGUUACCAUGGACUUUCAUUAGCUGUGUUCCAAUUCAAAGGCUAGGUCUUUCAAAAGACACGUCCUCGAAAUCGAGUACUCGUUCUUUGGAGGUCACAACCUCCCCAGUACACAAAGAAAACUGAAAUGAGACGGUCUAGCCUUCGGAGGAUCCAUAAGUUGCGUCACCUGCAAUUGGGACCCAGCGGAGACAUUUUUUGACUCAUUGCAAUAAAUAUGGAUCCCUUUGUUCUAUUCUUAGCAGUGCAGAGAAAUUACGCAUUUUGAGGCUUCAUUUUAAGCAGCCUUUGAAUUGGGAUGGUCUUACUAGCCUUCAGUUAAGCUGCUGUGAUGCAAUUGGUCUUAGAAAAGGGCGCAGCCUUUGAAUUGGGAUGCAGCUAUUGACACUCUUCCCACUGCCUAUUUGUUGUCACAGUUACUUAUUGUCUCUGCUUUGUGAUUGUUUUUUGUUAUGCAGAGCCGAACCUCACUAUACGCAUGGUACGCAAGCUGCCUAGUUCCCCGAACCACUAGGGGGCCCCCUUGCACUUAACUUUAUGCAGCACUGUGCUGCUAGAGCCAUUUGAAAGCAUAGACUGCCGCAGGGAUGAUUUAUUUUUGUAGGCCAGUACUCAAAGUUGGUGGGAUACUGGUUCCCUUGCUAAAAAACCCAUUCAUUUUCCCUUAGACUUUUGGAUAAUUGCAAAAAAAUAAGCUCUGUCAAGCUCUUAUCAAAAGUAUGACAUUUACAUGUUUUGUCCAAUUAGAGAAUUAUCAAAGAUGAACACAACUUUUAUGAGUUUUAAAGCCUAAAUGUGUUUUUAUUUCUAGAAAAAGUUGUGUCUGAUCUCACGUUACUUAAAUUUCAUUUAUCAGUCAACAAAUGCAGUUGACACGUAUAUCGAAAUGAGUCCUGAUAUAUGGAUAUGGUUACUAACAAAGCAAUCCGUGCGGAGCAGAAAAGACAAAAAGCGCCAUGAAGGAGAAAGGAUUAAGAACAUAUUAACGUUUUAAAUUCUUUAGUCUUGACUAACCAUGCAAUGGAUUUAUUACAAAUACUUUAUAGUCUUGUGUGUUUUGUUAGAAAUGCCAAUGCACACCAAUAAUCAAAAUCUUUCAUACGUGUUUUAAAGAAAUAAACAUACUGUUGUGUGACUCCUGUCAACGUUUUAAAACAAUGCAAAUUUUUACCACAAGACACCUUUUUUCUGAUUUGUAGGGAUGAUCAAAAAGAAAAGGGUAUUUUGUGCCAUUAUAGGGUUGUUGUUUACAAAUACUGUGGGCACACAUUUAUGUUCAAAUAUUUUUAAAUGUGGUAUUUAUAGGUCAAUUUUAAGCAAGUUUAUUUAAAGCUUGUCCUGAGGUGUGGCUUCUUUUCUCUUAGUAUUGCAAUGUAACUUUACAGUCAUGAAUCAUACAAAUGUAAAUCCUCUAAAUAUUAAUUUUAACAGGCUAAUGUUUACUGUAAUACUACUGUUUAAGUUGCAGUUAAAUUAAAUCUCAUUUGUUUGCUGUACAACAGAAAGGAUAAAAAGGGGAGAACAUGCUCAAUCGUUUCCCAGAUUUCUUCAUAAGUUUACACUGGCUGGCGAAAAACCUGAGCUAGAAAGUUUCUGCGGAAGUGUAGUCAUAGAAGUACACAUAGAUGUUUAGUUUUUUAGAAAAGCAUACACUGGUGAAGUAUUUUGAUUACUAUAAAUUUAAAUUCUUACCUAUAUAUGUAUUUACUAACAUUGACUAAUUUCAUAUAUGCCUAAUACAUUUUAUUUGAUGUAUAUUUAGUUAUUUUAUCGUUAUA